GGGCAUCUUUGGUUGCAAAGUCAACGUAAUCAACCUAGAUCCAAAUUGCACACAAAGUUAACUACCCAACAACAAAAAACAAAAUCAUCUUUAUUCAUUUCCUCCAAUUCGAACCGGGAAAUUAUGGACUCAGCUUAGUGUGGUGGUUGCGUCAGUGUGUCUACAACGACAAGGAGAACCCCAUGUCGGCUAGUUUUGCUAAUUUCAUAGUUCGGGUUGUACCAGGGAACAGAUGUUGUUCUAUGUCAGUUGUGCUAUGGAGCUUGCUAGGAUGCCUAUUUUUUCUUUAUCUAUAUUCCACUAUUCACCACAAAGAUGGGGAAGGCAGAGUGGUACAAUUGCGUGUUAGUGGUCAUCAUCCUCAAUUUCGUGAACUUCAACAAGUGGAAGAGGAGAACAUCCAAAUUCCCCCAUCUAAGGGGAAGAGGUCCCCUCGGGCAGCAAAACGCAGGCCUAAGCCUAAGCGAAGAACCCCAUUGGUUGAUGAAUUCUUGGAUGAAGAUUCCAGACUGAGGCACGCUUUCUUUCCUGGAAAAAGAAGUGUUAUAGAUCCUAUGAAGGCUACGGGGAAUGAUAGUUAUUACUAUUACCCUGGGAGAAUUUGGUUGGAUACUGAUGGAAAUCCUAUUCAAGCCCAUGGAGGGGGCAUUCUAUAUGAUGAAAAAUCAAGAACGUACUAUUGGUAUGGUGAAUAUAAAGAUGGACCUACCUACCGUGCUCACAAGAAAGGAGCUGCUCGGGUGGACAUUAUAGGAGUUGGAUGCUAUUCUUCUAAGGAUUUGUGGACCUGGAAACAUGAGGGUAUUGUAUUGGCAGCAGAUGAAACAAAUGAAACCCACGAUUUGUACAAGUCUAAUGUGCUUGAGAGGCCAAAAGUGAUUUACAAUGAGAAGACCAGAAAGUAUGUGAUGUGGAUGCAUGUUGAUGAUGCCAAUUAUACCAAAGCUGCUAUUGGCGUAGCAAUUAGUGAUGCAGCUGAUGGUCCAUUUGAAUAUCUAGGUAGCCAAAGGCCCCACGGAUAUGAAAGCAGGGAUAUGACAAUUUUCAAAGAUGAAGAUGGUGUGGCAUAUGUAAUCUACUCCUCUGAAGAAAACAAUGUACUUCACAUUGGACCCUUGACUGAAGAUUAUCUCAAUGUGACAUCUCUCAUGAGAAGGAUUCUUGUGGGACAGCACAGAGAAGCUCCAGCUUUAUUCAAGCACCAAGGCACAUAUUACAUGAUCACAUCAGGCUGCACGGGAUGGGCCCCAAAUGAGGCACUGAUUCAUGCAGCUGAUUCAAUCUUGGGGCCUUGGAAAACUAUGGGAAAUCCAUGCAUUGGAGGAAACAAAAUGUUUAGACUUGCUACCUUCCUUGCUCAGAGCACUUUUGUGCUUCCCUUACCUAGGUUCCCUGGUUCAUUCAUUUUCAUGGCAGAUAGAUGGAAUCCAAGUAACCUGAGAGACUCAAGAUAUGUCUGGUUGCCUUUGAUAGUGGCUGGACCUGCUGAUCAAGCAAUGGAGUACGGUUUUGGAUUCCCAUUUUGGUCAAGAGUUUCUAUCUAUUGGCAUAGGAAAUGGAGACUGCCUCAGGGGUGGAGCACAUUCAAAUAAUGUUGUUUCUCGUUGUACAUUUGUGGUCAUAUAUGAAAACUCACUAUACAUCUUACCAAGUUGCAUGUCACGCACUUGAUAGAAAGUUCACUCACUCUUUGAGGACACGGACAUAGAAAUUUCAGUCUCAAGAAGAUGCUGUGCUUUUGACACCUUUCAAUGAUUCUCUCGGGUUACUAUAAGUUGACUUUUUUAUUUUUUGGCGUUACCAGUUAUACAAUGUUGAAUUGCUUCACAUGCAGUAGAGGUGUGUAUAGUAGGUUACCUAUGAAAUUCAUAAGAAUAUGUAGUUGAUUUGACCAAAUCUUUCUUGCCUGUUGGU